AGGCUACUGGAAGGGAAGUAUCUGUUACUUUGUCAGUUACUGUCAAGUGUGUGUAUUGUGAUAGUCGUUAAAAUUACUCGUAUAUGUAUGUGUCGUACAUGUUUAUAUAACAAAAGUUGUUUUCAUCUGUAGUGACGUUCAUCGGAUCGAAGGCCGCGUUUUUUGUGUUUAUUAAAAUUUCUGUGUAUCGUAGGAUCAGUAGGCUGGUAAUUAUUUUGGAAUAACAAAUAACUCAGUGUAGAGAAAGUACCUAGCUUACUUUGGCAUUCCUAUCUUCACUUAGCUAAAUUAAUUAGUGUGGAUUUUCUUAGUUUCACUGCCAAGCUUCUUUAUAAAAAAUAACAGGAGUUCCAGAGAACUCAGUGUAUAAUACAACGGGAUGUAGGGGUUUUCUGAUAAAAAUUGAUGGUAAUAUCUAUUACCUUUUGUUGGUCACUAAAGUUAUUAUUCAGAAGUAACUAAAUUGUAUUGCAUAGACAAGAGAUCCUAUCCUCUUCCGAAGAUGACAGUUCCUAGAUCAGGAUCACAAGUAAAAUAUGAGUUACUUGAAGAAAAUAAAAGAACUGCAGUUAAAGCAAGUCACUUGUGGUCAGCAGUCUUGUUAGUAAUUUUAAUCACAUGUUCAUCGAUAAUUGCGCUAUAUCUAACAUGGCAACAUAUGGUGAAUGUUUCAAAAGAACAAGAAAACUUGGAUUUCUUAAUGGUUGGACCCACAAAAUCAUCUGGAGGGUAUUCCUGGAAGUCCCGUCAGCUAGGGGGACUGUACAGUCAGGCGGAACGUGAGAUGAGUAGAGACCUACACUGGUCUCAACCGCACCUAGUGCUGAACAUGUCUCAUCAUGCAGAGCCACCAGAAUACAUGCUGGUGUGUUACUACAACUUGCCUAAUGGAGGCAGUACAGUAGUGCUUAAACCAGACCUGCUGGAUCCUGAUCUUUGCUCUCACAUUAACAUCGCAUUUGCUACUGUUGGCAAUGGCACUAUUCAACCCAAUCUACCCUCUGACCUUGAGGUUUACAAAGGGGUCACGGCACUGAAGAAAAAGAAUCCACGGUUGAAGGUGAUGUUGUCAGUGGAAUGGUUCACCAGCACAGGAGAAUUUGCAUGGAUUGUUUCUUCUCCGGAGAACAGAACACGGUUUGUCGAUGAGGCUGUCAAGUUCUUGGAAGCGUACGAGAUGGAUGGACUGGAUUUAGAUUGGGAGUUCCCUAACUGGCCAACUGUGGUCACCAACCAGACCAACUGUUUCACUGAGUUGCUGCGUCAGUUGUCCGCUAGUUUCAGGCAGCGGGAAUCUCCUCUGCUACUCAGCGUGGCAGCCGGAGCACCCAAACCUAUCAUAGACAACUCCUACAACAUCUCAGCUAUGGCAGACUAUAUAGACUUUGUGAACGUGAUGGCAUACGACUACCACAUGUACCAGCCGUAUCUGCCGCUGACCGGAGCCAACGCGCCACUAUACGAGCGUCAGGUAGAAAAGGGCUACUUCACCACACUUAACCUGAACUGGACUGCUGCCUACUGGUUGUAUAAAGGGAUGCCUGCAUCAAAAAUUAUAAUUGGAGUUCCGACUUAUGGGCACUCAUUCACGCUGCUUAACGAAGAAAACAAUGGAUGGGAUGCACCGAGCAGUGGCAUAGGCUCAGUGGGGUCAGAUGGGUUUGUCGCAUACCACGAAGUCUGCUCUUUCAUGAAUAACAAGGGAGUAAAGUCAGUGUUUGACUAUGAGAGUAAAGUGCCAUAUACUUUCAAAAACAAAGAAUGGAUAUCAUUUGACAAUGAACAGAGUGUUGCUUAUAAGGCUGAAUUCACGAAAGAACAUGGGCUGGGUGGAGUGAUGAUCUACUCCCUGAACACGGAUGAUGUGUUGCUCUCCUGUGGGGGGUCCUCCAGGUUCCCUCUGACAGCUCGGGUCCGGGAUGUUCUGCAGGAUGACCAGUUGUGACAGGUGGAGCGGGGCCUAGACAUCGCCCUUCACCUUCACCCCACGCUCUCAAUCAUUCGCUAACUUACUCUACUACUCUGCAGUGUGUCAAUCCUAUCAUACAAACUUUCAGUUACAUUCCAAUAUUUUGAUCCAAACUCAAAAUAAUUAAAUUUUUCCUAUGCAUUUGUUUACAUGCAUAAACACUCCAAUUUUAAUCAAUACAUCGUUAUCAUCACACUGUCCUGUGCCCCAGUA